AUGAUUGGUCUUGCUUCCGUCAAGAUUCGGACAGAAGAGCAUCAGUCGAUCCCUGCCGUUCCUGCUUCGCCUGACAAGAAACCCAUGGAGGCAAUGCAGGAGUCGCCAUGUAGCGUCGAUCAGCACAGCUCAACAUUCACGGCAGGAGCGACGAACAAUGCCGAAACCAGCCGCCAUAGUGCAGCUACACCGCAAACAAAUCGUGCCCGUGAUAGCUCGCGAUCAGGAAGCAAUUCAUCGACGUCUCCAGGCCAAAAUGAUCGAUCCGUGGGAAAGAAUUCGGGUGGGCAGGUAGCGAAGAAAGCAACAGAUGCCCUGGACUUGACGCAACCGUCUCAACGAAGCAGCAAACAAGCAUCGACUGAGGAUAGGAAGAACAACAGUGAAGCAGGAAAGAGAUUGAAGCCAAAUGCCAGUGCAGAGUCAGAGAAGAGUCAAGAACAAGCUGCAAAAUCAUCCGCUAAGAGAAGAAAAGAGGGCAAAUCUGCGAAUAUUUUGCCGCUCAAUGGAGUAUACAUCUCAAUCAGUGGGAUCGAAAACCCAAGCCGAGCACAACUAAGAGAACAAGCACUUUCGUUGGGAGCUCGGUAUGCUCCGCAGUGGUUGUCGGGUUGCACGCAUCUCAUAUGCGCCUUUCCCAACACGCCGAAGUACAGGGAAGCGAAGAAGGAUGGAGGUGUGGUUGUUGAGGCUUCUUGGUUGAACGAUUGUGCACGAGAACAGCGAAAAUUGCCAACAAGCAAGUAUGAGAUGUAA